AUGAACUCAUACGCUGAGAGACUCGCCUCAUUCACGUCAUGGCCACAUGUGUGUCCAAGUGCCUCUACCGUAGCCCGUGCUGGCUUUCAUCGAGAAUACGACCCUACUUUUCCAUCUCCGGAUCUAACGGUGUGCUCACUAUGCGGUCUUGAUCCUUGUGACUGGUAUAGUGACGGUAGUCCAUUCGAUUUUCACGCUACUCGAUCACCGGAGUGUCCAUUUGUACGUGCAACACAGCAGAAAAAGAAGAACCGGAAUCAGAAGACUCGCCAGCAACAUAAGAGAAGGUAUCUACAAGCCGUCCAACAAGCCACUGCAUCUACUCAGCCAAUGACGAAACAAGAGGAGGAACUACAACAGGCAAAUGCGGAGAACGUUACGGAAAAACCAAGCGACGGCAAGGCCCCCCAGCACCAAGAACACGGCUCACCUCUCCACAAUUCCCCGUCAAAUCGCCACUCAGCAAGCGGAGAACGACACUACAAUUUGGCCUGCUAUCUCUGCGUGCCUCAGCCAUAUCACAUUGAUAUGGUACAUCACUGGAAUGACGUCACAAGAGGAGGAUCUACUGCGUCGAUCACAGCCAAUUAG